AGGAAAUGAUGUAACAAUGCUUUGAGGGUUCUUACUACAACCAAGCAUAUGCUGGUACCAUGUACUUGAAACUUCAGUACUGGAAAGAAUGUGCUGGUGUGGUGAACUGACUCUUAGGUUGACAGAUGUUUUCACAUGGUAAAUUAACAGGAAACAACUGGUACCAAAAUAGAAGCAUAAUAGCCUUGGGAAGAACCUUGGGUGAACCACAAGAUUCUUUCCAGAACUAAGGCAGGCUCGGAGACGCCAAGUGUAAGGAAGAGAGAUCUGUCGGGGAUAGUUCUGUAGCGGAGGAUUGACACGUAUCAUUGCCUUCUUCCCCGAAUUGAGACCUUGGCAACGUUCUUUGACAAGGUGGUUACCUUGACCAGAGUAUCUAAGCUGAGGUCUGCACAAAGAUGUGGUCUAGCAAGAUAAGACCACAAAUCCCCAUGAACGAUAGACUUAAUACUGUAAAAGUCUAUGUCAUGAAGGCAGAUGAGCAAUGGAAACAAAUAGGCAGAGGACAAAUUUCCACCAAAUACAUCGAACGGCUUCAGGGUUUGUGCCUGCUCAUUCACUCAGAGUCAGAUGGCUCUCUGCUAUUAGAGUGCACAAUACAUCCAGAUGUGCCCUAUAAGAAACAACACAGACAUUUAAUUAGUUGGCCUCAAGCUAAUAACAGUACUAUGACAAUAUAUUUCCCAGACCCAGAGUGUUGUCAAAAUAUCUGGGAAGAUAUCUGCCAAGUUCAAGAUAAAGAUCCUAGUGUACAAACAUCACAAGAAAUUGCAGUUAACUUAGCCAGUUUUCAUGAAUUGCCUCAAUUCCAGUAUCUGUUUGAGGAACCUACCUCUGAAUGCAGUAUGCUUGAAAACAUUGCAGAUUUGCUUAUUAUUGUGAAAGAUUUGCCAAGCCACAAGAAAUGUCUGGCACUGCUUUUAGGUAAAUUAGAUUACAUUAAAAAAUUGCUACAGGUGUUCCACACAUGCGAAGAUCAACAGAACAUGGAAAGCUUACAUUUUUUAUAUAUCAUUAUUAAAGGACUUUUCUUUCUCAAUGAUGCACAAUUAUUUAAUACCAUGUUUUCUGAUGAAUGUAUCAUGGAUGUAGUAGGAUGCCUUGAGUAUGACCCUGGUUUGGAUCAGCCAUGUCGGCACAGGAAAUUCUUGGCUGAAAAUGCAAAAUUUAAGGAAGUUAUGCCAAUAACACACUCCAAACUUAGGCAAAAAAUACACCAGACCUACAAAAUGCAAUAUAUCCGUGACAUUCUAUUACCUAUACCAUCCAAAUUUCAAGAGAAUCGUCUUUCUGAACUUACAAAUUUCAUUUUUUCCAACAAAAUAGAAAUAGUUACCAUGCUGCAGGAAGAUGAAAUGUUUUUGCUGGAAAUUUUUGCCCAGUUAGAAAAUAACACUGUAGGUGAUAAAAGACGUUGCGAAUUGUUAUUUUUCCUUAAGGAAUUCUGUGAAUUUGCCAUGACCUUAAAAGUUCUAGAGAAAGAUGCAUUAUUGAAAACAGUGAUAAAGCUUGGAAUCAUGAGGGCUCUGAAAGUUUCAGUAUGUAUGCAAGACCUUCAAAUAAAAGUAGCUGCUAUACAUAUAUUUACUUACAUAGUAGAAUAUAAUCCACAAAUAGUCCGCGUGUAUGCAGUGGAUGAAACUCAAGAUAGUGAAAAUAAGGAUGACCUUCUCAUCAAUAUAAUGAUCAAACAAAUCAUCUGUGAUCCUGAUCCCGAAUCUUCUCGUGUUUUAAGUUUGACAGCAGUUCUCCAUGUUCUUCUUGAUCCAGAAAACAUGUGUAUAACAGCUAAUGCAUCUGAAAGAAGUGAAUUUAUGAAUUUUUUCUAUACACAUUGCAUGGAUAACUUAGCAGAACCAAUUUUGUCUAUCACAGGACAAAAUGAUGGUGAUGAUAACACAGUAAACAUCUGUUCUUAUAAUGACCAAAAUGCACAAAUGCUUGAAGUAGUUUUAGAAAUGCUCAGCUUUUGUGUAAAGCACCACACAACUUAUAUUAAAAAAUAUAUUUUGAGAAACAACUUGCUCAGUAAAGUCCUGGUGUUGAUGCAUUCAAAGCACACUCUUCUGGUUUUGUCUGCUCUCAGGCUGAUGAGACAGAUGAUUGGCCUUAAAGAUGAAAUUUAUAAUCUUUACAUAGUGAGGAAAAAUCUUUUUAAACCUGUUAUAAGUUCUUUAAUUUGUAAUGGAAGACGAUAUAAUAUGUUAAACUCAGCUAUUAUUGAACUAUUUGAAUUUAUAAGAGCGGAAAACAUCAAGUGUCUUAUUACAAACAUUGUUGAAAAAUUUUAUAUGGCUUUUGAUUCAAUUGAGUAUGUCCAGACAUUUAAAGGAUUGAAAAUUAAAUAUGAAGAAGAGAAGGAAAGAGAAAAUAAAGUAAGAAGAAAUUUACAUGAUAUAAUAUUCGAGAAAUUAUACUUCAAGCGUAUGAAAGCUAUGGAGGUAAAUGUCAAGGAGGAAAUGUGUCCUAGAGUAAAUACUGGAGAUGUUCUGCCAUCGGGAGGGGACUUGCUAAAUUCUUAUGACACAUUUAUGAAAAUAAAAGAGACAUGUGAAAAUGAAGUAAAACAGUCAGAAGAAAAAUCAUUUCAAUUUGGCUGUUUAUCUCAUUCUGAGGCUUCUGCUAGAGGAAUGAGUAGGCCACCACUCUAUAGCAGGAAGAUUCCUUUAGUGGACUACUCAGAUGAUGAUGAUGAUGAUGACGAUGAUGAAAAUGACAGUAAUGUUCAUCAUGACAAUGAUGAAGAGGAAGAAGAACCUCCCCCAAAAAGGCCUAAACUUAGUUCAUAAAAUAAGAUGAGGCCUUCAACUUUUGAUUCAAAUAAAUUUUGAUAAAUAUCACAAACAGAAAAAAAUAUAAUUUUAAAAAAUCUUUAUUUUAUGGACUUUUGAAUAUGAUAAAAUGUGUAGCUAAUAGGAUGAAUAAUAGGCCUCAAUUUUAUAUGAAGAAAAUUUACCAUAACAUAGUAUAAUAUGUCACCCCUGAGUGAUAACUUCUUUUCAAGAACAUUUUAUUUUGGCAGCAUGGUUUGGGAGGGGAUACAGUUUGAAAAACUCAUAUAAUUUUCACUCAGGUGUUUAUGUUAUGAACAACUACAAAAGUUUUAUUGGAAAGCUUAUUUUAAAAAAGGUUUAGUAAUGGCAUUCUAUCUAUAAAUUGAAGUUUUAUGAAAGAACCAUUUUUAUGUAUGGAAGAAGUAGUCAAUAUUAAAAACAAAGUGAGACUUUACAUUUCUGUGAAGCUUUGACUGAAUUUCAACUUUAUGAAUAAUAGGAAAGAAACAACA